AUUUGGCUCGGGUUCGAAAUUGAAACUGUCAUGGAUGCUCCCUUGCAGAACACAUUUGUUCGUGAAGUCGAAACAAAUAAGAGUGAAAUUUUAAAGAUCCACCAACUGGAAGUUGGUGACGUAGGGUGUGUGGUAUGGGACGCAGCACUUGUACUCUCAAAGUACUUAGAAACUCCAGAUUUUAAAGAUGGAGAACUUCUGAAAGGAAAAGAAAUUCUAGAACUUGGAGCAGGGACAGGAUGUGUUGGUCUCGUUGCAGCUAACAUGGGUGCGAAUGCUUUAAUAACAGACUUGCCAGACUUUAUACCUUUGAUUGAAAUGAACAUUACUGAAAAUAAAUCUUUGAUCAAGGGAUCAGCAAAGGCACUACCAUUGAGAUGGGGAGAGGACACUGUCCAAGACUACUUUCACUACAUUUUGCUGGCUGAUUGCAUUUAUUAUGAAGAGUCCAUCGAGCCCUUGGUUAAAGCCAUUGUAGACCACUGCCUGGAGAACACAGAAGUGCUCUGUUGUUAUGAAGAGAGAACCACAGGGAACAAGCCACAGCUACAGAGGAAAUUCUUUCAGCUAAUCAGUGAUAACUUGGACUUAAAAGAAGUUCCUCAAGAACAUCACGACAGCCACUUCAGAAGUGAAGAUAUUCAUAUUUUCAAGUUUACAAGGAAAAAAUCUACUUGAUCCAACUAGGAUCAGUGUUGAAGAUUUUAGAAUCAACAAUCAAUUAAGCAGGUCCUGGAACUCUCUUUCUGCUCCUCUUUUACAAUACCAGCUGUAUCAUACAGAUCUGUUGCAAUUGGGAUCAAGUUUUUAAACUGCGGUCGAGGAGUAAAAUGGACGUUUUUCUCCUUAGACUGCUUCAAAAU